GUGCGUGUGUGGGAGCCGGAGCUGCUUCCUGGUACCGGGCUGUAGGAUGCUGUAGAUCCGUUCAUUGAUGGUUUAGAGAAAGGAGUCAGCAUGAGGUGGAGUUUGUGUAAAGUGCCGUUGCGCAGGGUAACUCCGUCCUCAUCCACAGUCUGCCACGUCCGGAUGCUUCGACUAAAGGUUUACCCGGAUUGCAAAGAACACAACAACUCCCAGCCGCUGCCUUUUUCUACUAGUCAAGCCAGCCAUAAACGUUGGACUGUGGCUAAGUCGCUGGGGAGCGAGCAGCAGAGACCGAUGUGGAAAGUAAUUUCAAUAAGCGCGUUCGUGGCGAUUCUUCUCAUCUGGGCUGUGUUCAGAAAAGAAACGGACAUUGAUGAAACUAUCUACAAACCGAUUAACCAGCUCCUGCCUGACGACGAGACGGACGAUGUAAAAGAUAAAUAAAAUAUUUUGAUAGAUCU